AUGGUAAUAGCCUUAAUGUUUCUUAUUGUUGGUGCUUAUCUUGUGUAUUUGAUUGAAACACCUAUCCAGAUAGAAAAUUAUAAUGGAUCGUUUCGUUCAAUUGCUGACGCAAUUUGGUGGGCUCUUAUCACUGUAAUUCAAGAGAAAAAACGUGAUGAAGCUCUUAGUCGUCUUGUUCCGGCAGCUGCCUCAGUUAUUCGCAAUUGGUGGCGCUACAAAUGUACGUUUCACGAAGAUAAAUAUUCAUCAACUUGGAAAGUGUUCAAACUUAUUCGACGACGUGUGAAUGAUUUGAUGCCCGCUAAUGUUGAACACCAACAACUACAACGUCAAUCAAAAUCGAACCGACGUUACAUCACUGAACCGGGAUCUGCACCACCCAUGUCAAAACGACAAGAAAAUCCGUUUUACCAAUCGUCUAUUCGACAUAAAUCGAUUACAUCUGUUCAUGAUUUACCUACACGUUAUGUAGCAGCAAUUAAAAUAAUUCGUCUACUAAAAUAUUCAUCUGCUUGUAGAAAAUUUCAACAAGCAAAACGACCGAUUGAUAUCAAAGAUGUUGUACACGAACAUACUCAAAUAAAUCAUCGUCUAUCUAUAAUGUUAAACGAUGUUCAACGACGAAUUGAUCUUGCAUUGGGCACAACAAAAUUGGCCGGUUUUCUGUCUAAUGAAGAAAAGCGACAACAAAGUUUAAGUGCUCGUAUUGAAAAAGUUGAAAUGUUAACAAGUCAUUUAGAAUCGAAUUUAGACUACUUAGAACAACUUACACGAUCUUUAGCACAAAAAUCGACAACUUGA